UUGUUUCGGUUUUUAUGGCAGAAGUUUGGAUUGCUGCAGUUAAUGUGCACCAGUACUACGGAGUAAAAGUACAGCAAUUCACCGUACACAGAGAGCUAUAAAAAUAUCAGUAAGUGAGCCGAGUUGCAAAAGAAGCUGCAAAACAACUACUACAACAUAGAAAGUAAUCACAAUAAAAGCAAAAACAAGCAGUGCUCGCAAGAGUAUAAUAUUAUAAGUAGCAAAUGCAAAUAAAGUAGCCAUAAGCAUUUACAACAGCAAGAACAACAAACGUGUCAUUGUAAAACAGUAAAAAAAAAAAAACAGAAAAAAAGGAAAAACAGAAAUCGUACGCUUGGACACCUGCGUCUCAAAGCUUCAGCUGUGACCUGCAGCAAAUAUGUAACUGCAACACAACUGUACAUACCUCAUCAACAACUACAACUGCAGUGAGUUAGGAGGCGAAUAGGCGAUAUUGGCUACUCCCAUUAUUCCCACCUUUGCUUUCCUGCGCCCCUCCAAGUGCACUGGCUUGAAUAUAUGCAUAUGUAUGCUAACACAUCUAGAGUACGCGCACCUUUUUUCAGCGACGUGCGCCUUCCCCUCGGCGACUAUCAAUUCUGCGCUCAUUGCACUCACAGCUGCUAAGCACAUUGGCUUCACCAUCGCCACCACCGUCGCCGGCGUCGUCACUAUGGGUCAGUUUAAAUGUUGCUGCGUAGGCACUUUGUGGAGUAGCGUUUUUUUGCUACUCGUCACAAUCGGCUACCGGAGCGGAAGCGGAAGUGGCACGCUCGUGUUUGCACAAGGCCAUAAUCAACCAGAUGAGCCGGAGCCCGAGUUCUUGGCGCAAUUGACCAACUUUACAGUGCCGCAAGGGCGCGACGUCUCAUUCACGUGCGUGGUCAACAACUUGGGCCAGUACCGGGUUGCAUGGAUUAAAUCCGACUCCAAAGCAAUACUCGGCAUUCACACCCAUAUGGUGUCACUUAAUCCCAGAUUAUCAGUGACACACAAUGGCCACAACACCUGGAAACUUCACAUAUCCCACGUACAGCUCAACGACUCGGGCAGUUACAUGUGCCAAGUGAACACAGAUCCCAUGAAGAGUCUGUCUGGCUAUUUGGAUGUUGUAGUGCCGCCUGACAUUUUAAAUCAUCCCGAGCAAAACCUUGAAGAGGGUAUCAGCAACGAGGGAGGCACAAUACUACUGAUUUGUAGUGCCACAGGAGUCCCUGAGCCGACAGUACAGUGGAGACGCGAGGGCGCUAAAGACAUAGUCCUACGAACGGAGACAAGAGAGAAACAAGUGGUCAAAUCAGUGGAGGGCGAGAAGCUGGUAUUGACGAAUGUACAUCGCACUGACAUGGGCGGAUAUUUGUGCAUUGCCUCGAAUGGUAUACCGCCGUCCGUGAGCAAGCGCUUCGACGUGCAUAUCAAUUUUCCUCCGUCAAUUAAGGCUGUCAAUCAGUUGCUAGGCGCCCCCGUUGAACGUGAAGUCACACUCGAAUGCAUUGUGGAAGUGUAUCCGAAACCGCUCAAUGGCUGGUAUCGCAAUGAAGGUAACUUGAAGCUGCACAGUAGCAACAAGUACAACAUAUCGGAGGCCAUGAUUAACUUGUACACGUGGCAUCUCAACCUGACAAUACGUCAUCUGACAAAGGCCGACUUUGGCGCCUAUAGUUGUUCCAGUGUCAAUGCGUUGGGAAAAAGCGAAGCACGGAUACGCCUGCAAGAACUGCGAUUGCCGCCCAAGCCGACAACGACGCCAACACCUUACGUGCAUACCACACCGAAGCCCCGCCGCAAACCGCCAACCAACCAUCAGAACAAAGGACUCAACGAAGUGGUGCGCGCGAAGGAGACACAUCAAACCACAAAUCAAAUGCAGGAAAAUGACAUAUACGUCGGUCUGGGCGGCACAGGUGGUGCCGUCUUUGGCGGCGGUAGUGCCGUUAGCGGCAAUGGGGCGUUGGGCGAUGCUGCAGGCGUUGCCCUGAGCAACAGCAACAUCCACGGCUUGACAAACGGAGCGGAAGUUCACACACAACUACCAACCCGCAAUGGCGGCGGUGGCGGCAGCGGCUACGAAAAAUCGCACAAAGCGUCAUCGCCCGGUAUCGUGCCCUCACCGCGUUCUCCCUGGGUUUUCGCCAACGGCGUAGCACCACAAAUGCAGUUCAGCGCACAACGACUACUGCUGGCUGCAAAUUCGUUUACACUAUUUUACGUUGCAUUAUCCCUGUUCAAAUUUAUAUCGAAUGAGUUGUCCGUUGCCACAGUUGCCGCCACGACACUAUGGCAAGCGAAUGGCUGAAGCGAU